CUUUUGAUAAUAUUUUGAUGGAAACGUUCAAUUUUUUAUUUUUAUUUUUUAUAUUUUUACAAUAAGCUAACUUCAUUUAUUAAGGUUCCAGAUUUGCACAUGUCUAUAUAUUUUUUUCUUCCUUUCCCCUUUAAAAGAGGUUUUAAUAAUGUCUUUUUAACAUAACAUGUAUAUAAAUACAGGUUAGUUCAUUGUUGGCUUGUCCUUUUUGAUAAAGUUGGUUUAUUAAAAGUUCUUAUCAUAUAUCCACACAAGUCCAAUGAUAGGUGCUCUCUAGCAUUCCUUUUUUUUUUUUAAUUCGAUGUUUAAUAUUCAUCUUAAAAUUUCAUUAAAUGUGAAUUUGCGGGUUGCAGUACUUUUAUUUUGGUGUAUCGGUUUUGGUAAAAAGAAAAAUUCAUUUUUAAAAGCUUAAAUCUGAAAUAUUUAAAUUAUAAAUAAAAGAAAUUUUGAAUAUUCUCUUGUGUACUUUAAUGAAAAAGUUAAAUCUUUGAAAGAUUUGCAACAAAAAAGUAUCAUAUAAGUAACUUUUAUGUGGCACUAAUGAGUGUUUUCCACAUGUAGCUAUCUUAUGGCUUCCAAUAAAUCUUCAAUAUAUCAUCCACCAAAAAAAAUUAUUGUAAAGUUUUAUUCAUUCUACAAUAAUGCGUUGAGUUUGUAAUAAUUUUUGGAAAUCUUAAUAUAUAUCCAAUGUGUAUAUUUAUUUACCAAAAAAGGUAUCCAAGUAAAGUUACCUAAUAAGGGUUAGGUCAUUUUCAUGUAGUUGAUUAAUAUACCAUUUAAGGAUUGUUGGAAUAGGUUUUUAUUAAUUUAUUUAUACAUCAUCAAAAUUAAGUUCAUUAAAGAAUGAUAAAAAAAAAAUUGUAACAUUAUUAAUGUUGAUAGUAAAUGAUGCAUUUGGCAAAGUAUGAUGAGUUCCAUUUAAGACAUCUUUUUGCCAUUUUUUGCAAUAAUUAUCUAAAGCUAUGAACCAUUUUUGCAGUUCUUUGAAGCUUCUCCUCUUCUUCUUCCUCCUUUUUUUUUUUGGUAAAGAAUAUUAUAUAAUUUAUUUUUGUGAUUUUAAAAACUUUUAGUAAUGAUCAAAAGAAUUUGGACUUUUUUUUUGCCAUACAAGUCAUGCUUUUAACCUAAAUAAAAGUGUACUUUGAUUUAUAAGUGUUCAACAACAAAACAAAGAGAAAAAACGUCAAAGACUUAUGAUCAACGAGGUGAACCAAAAAUUAUGAAGUUUUAAGUUCAAAUUUCAGUAACGAUAAUUAUUUUUGGUAUAUAAUUCUUAUUGUUGGUGGAAAAUAUAUAACAAAUAUUAUGUAAAAUUAAUCGAGAUAUGCAAUAGCUAGUCUGAAUAUCACGAUUAUAAGGGAAAAAGAAGAAGAGAAAAACAUAACAAUGUUUUUUUUCAAUGCAUAUGCUCAUACAUAUAUCUACUUAUUAAUCUAACCUAAUCUAAGUUCUUACUAUAUAGGAUUCAUUUGAAGAAAAAAAAGCACUUUUUAUUAUGAUUUUUUUAAAAAAUAUUAAAUUUUAAAAUCUUAUAUUAAAAACAAAAAUAUUAUCAAUAGAAGUCAUCUAGAGAUACUAAAUACUUCACCAACCAAUUAUAAUAGUGGGAGCCAAUUGUAUAGAUUUAUGCCAAGUGUGGAAACCAAAAAAGAACCACCUCAAUUAUCAAUUAUCCAAAAGCCCUAGUCAUUCCCCACCCACAACAUUACAUUUGGCAUUUAUAAACACUAAGAUUCAUUAAAGGGGAAUUCAAAUAUCUUUUUUAUUUUUAAAGCUCGAAUCCGAAACAGAUAAUUAACUCAAAUACUUAUACUACAAGAUCAUAGUUAACAUUGAGUAUCAAACAAUGUUUAUCAUAAAGGUAAGAAUACAAAAUGCAUAUGAAAAGAUUAAUUAUAUCCUUAUACGCCCUUCAACUAAUUAACCGAAUAGCUAAAGUCAUAAAAUUUAAAUCAAAAUUAUUAAAUUAUAAUUGUACAAUGACACUACCCAAAUAACAUAAAACUAUAUGUACACCUAAUCACAUAGGUAUUCUAAAAAGCUUAUGAACAACAUGUUCAGAGUGCACAUACAUACAAUUGAUGACACUUGGCUAGGGACCAAUUGGACAAGAUUUAUUAGGAAAAAAAAUAUAAACAUUUUCCCUUUUUCCCCCCUUAUGAUAUAGUCUUUAAUUAGGCUAUAUUUCAUAGGAUACUUCUAUCUAUUUGACAUUUCUUUCCUCUCUUUGUGAGAAUUUAUUUUAGAGUAAUAUUAUCUAUGGAGCAGCCUAUGUCUUUUGACUCUCAAUCAUAUAAUAUGGACUAUCAAGGCCACUUUGAUCUAGGUUUAUUUGGUCAACCUCUGGGCCGGAUUAUGCUACCAUUGAACUUCACCUCUCAUGAUGAAACCCCAAUAUUUGUCAAUGCCAAGCAAUAUAAUGGGAUACUUAGGCGUAGAAAAUUCCGCGCAAAGGAAAUAGAGAAGAACUUACUUAAACCGCGUAAGCCAUUCUUGCACCUCUCGCGCCAUCUCCAUGCCAAGCGUAGACCUAGAGGAGGUGGGGGGCGCUUCUUGAACACGAGGAAGACGGAUGGAAGUAUCAACGAUGAUGCAAACGGUACAACCAAGACUAGCAACAACAAAUGUCAUCACACUAGAUCACAAAAUUCUGAAGUUUUGCAGUGUGGUUUAUUCAAUUUUAACUCAACAAAGGAUACAACUAACAGUAUUUCCUCUAUUGACGCGUUUCUUGAUAUAACGAAUACUGGCCAUGACAUUCUCAUGGCCAGUAAGUGGGGUUCUGCAGCAGCAGUUGAUAACUGCUGCUGCAACAACCUCAGAAUUGAUGACGUUUUUACCCUUACUACAACCAAAUUGAGGGCUAUGGACUCUGUUCCUACCGCGAUUUGGUUGCUAGAAUAGGCAGAUCAUCCUUGGCUAUACUCAUUAAGGUUGCUUAUCAUAUAUCAUUCCAUGUAGCUAUCCAGGUAGCUACAUGGAUGUUACGAAGUGCUAAAACCUUAAUGCACUUUUUUUUUAAAGUAGGACGUAAGACGUUUAUGAAGGUUCAAAAUUAUCGAGUUUGUAAUGUUGUGUGUAUGUUGGUUUGUAAAAAUUGAGUUGAAGUGAUUAGUGUUUGGUGUGUUUGAGACUGGACUUGUACUAUUGUAUCAGAGUAAGACUCAUCUUAAUUCAUUGUUUCUGAUGUUGGGUCGUGUGACAUUUCUUAUA